UUUAUGUAGUUGGGGUAUUUCUUUUUACCAAUACAACAAAAAUAUUCGUCAAUGGUUAUAUUAUGGUAAAUAUGGAAGAAAAUAAAUUGGUUAAGCUAGGGGGAUCUUUGCCAGUACCAAGUGUUCAACAAUUGACCAAAAGCUCACCGGAAAAUGUCCCGGCGCGUUACCGGAGAGAUGAUGAUCAACUACUUCUUGUUCCUCCGAUGAUGAAAUUUGAUCAUUAUAAUAUCCCAAUCAUCAACAUGGAAAGCUUGCUUCGUGGCGAUGAAAUCGAAUUCAACAAGCUUGAUUCUGCUUGUAGAGAAUGGGGAUUUUUUCAGGUGAUAAAUCAUGGAGUGAGUGGUACACUAGUAGAGAAAGUGAAGAAGGAUACUCAAGAUUUCUUCAAUCUCCCACUAGAAGAAAAGGAAAUGUUGAAGCAAGUAGAUGGUGAUAUAGAUGGCUAUGGACAAGCUUUUGUUGUUUCUGAGGACCAAAAACUUGAUUGGGCUGAUAUGUUUUUCUUGACAACCCUCCCUCCUCAAUUCAGAAAAAAACAUAUCUUCCCCCACCUCCCUCAACCAUUCAGAGGAACAGUGGAACUAUAUGCAGUUGAACUGAAAAAACUGGCUUUAAAGAUCAUUGAUUUUCUAGCAAAAGGAUUGAACAUGGAUAAAGAAUACAUAAGGGAACUUUUUGGAGAAGGAUCGCAAUCAAUGAGGAUGAAUUACUAUCCACCAUGUCCACAACCAGACAAAGUGAUUGGACUUACUCCUCAUUCAGAUGCUGUUGGCCUCACUAUUCUCCUUCAACUAAACCAAAUGGAAGGACUUCAAAUCAAGAAAGAUGGAAUGUGGAUUCCUAUUAGUCCUCUUCCUGAUGCCUUCAUUAUCAACAUUGGUGAUAUCAUGGAGAUAGUGACAAAUGGAGCCUACCGUAGCAUUGAGCACAGAGCAGUGGUUAACAGCGAAAAGGAAAGACUCUCAAUUGCAACAUUUUACAGCACAAAACUUGAUGGACAAAUUGGUCCUGCUCCGAGUAUCAUUUCUUCUGAAAAUCCAGCAAAGUUCAGAAAUAUUGGAGCUAUAGAUUAUUUCAAAGGUUUAUUUGCUCGUAAACUUGAUAAGAAAUCAUACUUAGAUGUUAUGAGAAUUGGAGGUUCUCAGAAUCCAGCAAGUUGAAACGGACAGUAUUGGACCUAUGUGUUCUCUAGUAAUUGUGACACUAUGUACCAAUCUUUAUUCAGAAGUUGUGUUUCAUCAACAUUCUUAUAAUCCGACAAAGAGGCAAUGAUCGACACGUUGAGGGAA